AUGGUAUCCUGAUCAACCCAUCGUAGCUCAAGCUGUUGAGCCGCCUCAUGUGGCGUGAGCCAGCCGCCCCCUGUCUCAAGAUUGCAGCCAGCCAGCAUAUAGACUAUGCGAACAACGCUAGCCAAGGCCAUUAUUACACAAGCCCAGGGCAUACCACCCAAUCUCAUUGUCUUAUUACGAUCGGUACAUACGAGUAUGGCAGGAAAAGCCUCGCCGCCGCGGAGAGAUGCCCAAUGGCUUACCGUCGAGUAUGGCUGAAACUGAAAGGAGUGUAGACAUUCGGUGGCUUCGCAUUCAUGUAUUCCCCGUCAAACUCAUACGCAGUCGGAUCCGUCUGAAAGGAAAUACCUCAUUUCAAAAACUUCGUGUGCAUUUAUUAAACAUCCUUGGUAAGACUGACCCUAGUUUCGCGAUCCGCGGUCUUGAUCAGGCACGAAACCUCUCCCGAUCAUCCCAUCGACAUUCUCCGAAUCACCUCCGUAUGUUCGGUGAACAAGCGGCAUGCGUCUGUGAUAUUAAUGUCAAGCACUACCAUUUCACAUUACUUGCAUCGCAAUAUUGGAAGGUGUGUCCGUGUUGGUGUGCAAGUAGAACACUUGCUUGGCGUAGAGGCGCGACUCUUGGCUGCGAUUGGUUUGCCAAUCAACCUCGACACGAGAAUGUACCAGGAUCUUGCAACCUGCCAUCUCGGCUUCUUUCGUCCCAACCUCGCAUUAGAGUAGGAAAAACUGGUAGGGCCUUGUCGUUGCUCCUUGUACAGCGGGGCUGCUGCUUACUUUUUCGUUCCAACUUCCGAAGGUGUCAUCAUCAUCAUCAUCAUAAUCAUUGACGAACAUGGCCUUAAUUCAGAAACCCGACAGACAACACCAACAUCAAUGUUGAAAAGUCGAAGGUGCUUAAGGCAAUAAACCCGCGAGUCGAUAAGUAUGGGGGUUGCUCUCUCGACAUGUGGGCGUGGCAUUACAUUAAUAACUCAGGUCGCGAUUCGUCUCAUGCAUGGCGGUUUGUUGGAAUAACCAGGGAAACAUUUCAAGGUUGAAGCUCGCUUAGCCAGAUCUAGGCAAACGUCGGCUACCGAAAAGCUUGGUUCGAAGUCCUUGUAGUUUGCUGGUUCGCAACUGAAAAUUCAUCAUCGAAAGUUCCGAGAGGCCCGCGCAAACCAUCAGCAUCAUC